GGGAAAAGAAAAGAUCAGAUCGUUGCGUUCGAAUCACGUUUGGAGUCACGCUGCUGACGUGACCGCCAGUCGUCGCAGGACCACAAGUUCUUCGUCGUUGCGUCGUGUCUCCAACGAGGCGCAUUCAUUACAAUUAAUUGUUUUCUGUCAUUCGCAUCGAGUGGCAAAAGAAGACCAAGAAAGAGCUUGUUGUUUGACUGUUUACAGACUUGAAAAUGGCGUACUACGGCGGAGGAUCUGGAGGCGGAGGCUACGGUGGCGGCGGCGGCGGCGGCAGCAGCGGCGGCGGAUACAGCGGUGGAGGCAGCUAUGGUGGAGGAGGAGGCGGUAAUUACGGUGGUGGAGGAGGUGGAUACGGCGGUGGAGGAGGAGGAUAUGGCGGCGGUGGCGGCGGAGGAUUUGGAGGUGGCGGCGGUGGCUACGGAGGAGGAGGCGGUGGCCAAAUGGGACAACUAGGGCAGUCUCUCCAUAGCAUUGAUUUUGCGAAGCAGGAGCUCGUGCCGUUCGAGAAGAAUUUCUACCUCGAGCACCCGGACGUGACCAAGAGAAGCGAUCAAGAGGCCGAGGCUUGGAGAGCUUCAAAACAAAUUGUUGUCCGGGGAGCCGACGUUCCAAAGCCUUGCAUGACUUUUGAUGAAGCAUCCAUGCCAGAGUACGUCUUGUCCGAAGUGAUCAAAUGUGGAUUUGAGCGGCCCACUCCCAUUCAGAGCCAGGGUUGGCCCAUGGCUUUGAAGGGACGAAAUAUGGUUGGUAUUAGUGCCACAGGAUCAGGAAAAACAUUGGCAUUUCUGCUUCCUGCCAUGAUCCAUAUCAAUGCCCAGCCAUACUUGAAACCAGGUGAAGGGCCCAUUGUACUUGUUCUGGCUCCGACGCGAGAACUCGCUGUACAGAUCAAAGAGGAAUGCGACAAGUUCGGAGCUAGCAGCGAAAUCAAGAAUACUUGCGUUUACGGUGGUGUGCCCAAAUCCAGACAGCUUCGAGAUUUGCGGUCUGGUGUGGAGAUUGUGAUUGCCACUCCUGGUCGUUUGAUUGAUCAUCUUGAACAAGGAAACACAAACCUCAAGCGUGUCACCUAUUUGGUCUUGGACGAAGCUGAUCGUAUGUUGGACAUGGGUUUUGAGCCCCAACUCCGCAAGAUUGUAUCGCAAAUUCGCCCCGACCGACAGGUUUUGAUGUGGUCAGCAACGUGGCCAAAAGAAGUGAUGAUGCUCGCGAAUGAUUACCUCCAGGACUACUAUCAGGUGACCGUUGGAUCUUUGGAACUGUCCGGAAACAAGGAUGUGACCCAGAUUAUCGAAGUUUGUUCUGAUCAAGACAAGUAUCGCAAUCUACUUCGGCACCUUCGCGAGAACUGGAGUCCCAAGGAUCGUGUGCUUGUUUUCGUGGAGACGAAGAAGGGCUGUGACAUGCUUACUCGAUCGCUGCGUAUGGAUGGCUUCCAGGCUCGGGCAAUGCACGGCGACAAGAGCCAGGAGGAACGUGAUUGGGUCCUACGCGAGUUCAAGGGAAUGCAAAGUACCCUUCUUGUUGCAACCGAUGUCGCUGCCAGAGGCCUCGAUGUCGAUGACAUCAAAAUCGUUGUCAACUUUGACUUCCCCAAUGAUAUGGAAAACUAUGUCCACCGCAUUGGACGUACCGGUCGAGCUGGAAAGAAGGGUAUUGCUGUAUCGUUCUUCGUUGCUGAAAAGAAUGCCCGUUUGGCUCGUGAGCUGAUCGAGAUGAUGAACCGCACCCAGCAGAACAUUCCUCCCGAACUCAGUGCACUGUCGUCAUUCUCGGGUGGACGCGGGAAGGGACGAGGAGGAGGACGUGGAAGGGGUGGUGGACGCCGUUUCUAGGUUUUGUUUCCACUUGGCCCAUACAUCCGGCUAAGACUAUGCCAUAUUCUUCUAGAGCCCACUAUGAACGCGAGCUUAUCAUCAUAAUACCGCAUAUAAACUUUUUGAGGUGCCUUCACUUUGAUCGACGACUGUCACUGUACCGUAGGACAUAAAAGUACUCUACAUCUAAAGACUGAACUGAAUAGAAUGAUCAAUCAUCGAAAGGAUUGCAACCAGUGUAAAUGUACUUUACCGCAAACAGAGUCAGUCGAGUGAAAGCGUACGGUGAUUUGGUGCGCCCAUGUGUGCGGGUACGGGUAGAGGAACCAGAUUGACUGAGAUUUAUUUAAUUAUGAGUUCAAUAGUCAAUAAAAUUUAGUUGGGGACUAGUCGCUAGUCUGCAGGCAACCUGACUGUUCGUUUGCUACUCUCUAGAGAGUAUUGGAUGAUUGAAGAAUCAAUCAUUCUAUUUUCGCCCUUGUUGGCUCCGCUUGGCUUUCUUACUUGAAAAGUUGCCACCUUGCAUUCUCAUAGCUUUCUGCGGCACUGCCAUUUGCUUUCCACUUCCAAGCCCUACAAUCGCUGCAAUCUUUCGUUUUCUGCUCUCCAUCUGUAUCAUCUUUUGUUUGGCGGUCAACUUAUUUGUCGAGGCGAGCGCAACAGCAGCUCCAAAGCCCGAGCCUUUCUUCUUAUACGCAACCACACCUGCCUUUUGCCUUUCUGCUUGCACUGAAGCUUCUUUGCGCAACUCCAGAAUCUUGGCUCCGCCGUGGCUUCCCACUGUGCCUCCGCCUCUUCCCCAAUUGGGCGUGGAAGCGCCCUUGUGCAGAAUUCUCUCACGACGUGAAUUGGCCGGUCGGACUUUGACGAUCUGAGGCCGCACGGAAUUUUGAUUUUUGCGAUUUUCUCUCAUUUUCUGGCCUAGAUUGAGGCGCCGUUGAUCGGCUCGUCCUUUCAAUGAAGCAAACAGAUGUCUCCAAGUUUUGCACUGUUCGGUACACUCCAAGUCUUCGGCAUCUUGUUUGAAGAGCUCCAUGGCUUUUGCGCUCUCCUUGUUACCUUUACCAGCGUUCAUGUCGACACCUCUGCUGGCGGCAAAGUCCAUCCACGCCUGGAGGAGAUUCUCCAGUGUCCUCAAGACCGACAUUUGAUUCUUCGGUUUGCCCGUGUCCUUGGAUGCGACAAGACUGCUGACCACGGUGCUAGGCAUUUUGAUUUGAUCAAAUAUGGAUGCAUCAGCUCUACUAGUCUCCGCUUUGAUGAGUUUCUUCAAUACUUUUCCGACCCCGCUUUCUUUGAGCAGCGAGACGUUCAUGGCCGAUUCCUUUAAUUUCUGCGUGGCGUCCACAAUGGCUUUUGUAUCUUCGGGAGUGAGACUCAAUGGCUCUUCGUUUCGUUCUGCCACAUCCUCCUUCUUUUUCCACUGUACCAGUAUAUUUGCCUGCUCUGCCAAAUGCUGGACGAGCACUGGCCAUGGAAACAGCAUGGCGCGAGGGCGUGUCAAACCACGUCGCGAAAAUUGGUAUUCCACGCAGUCUUUCCACACCAAUUCAUCCGCGAUGUCGCUCUCUGCCAAGUGGUCGUUCAUUCGUUCCACUUCGCCAAUGAACCGUUCCGAGAGAGCGGGUGUUCUUCGGCCGGUUCCAUCGAGACCUCCGGUCCCUUUUUGAGGUGCCGUCUUGCCAUGCUUGAUGCGCAGAAUGUCUUCCCAAUCAUCGGGCGACAGCAUGCCGAAAAUCUCGGGAGGAUAUCGUUCUAGAUUGGCCACUACUACAGCUUGACAGCGUGCAAACAGCGAUGCCUUGUUGCGUGUGUCUGCCUGUACAAAACGCUGCUUCUUCGAGGACACUGCGACCGCAUCGUCUGCGGCGGGCUUGAGGUCUUCGGAUGACAUUUCAAUUGCUGUUCCGUCACAGAAAGUGCUGAUCAAAUUAAUGAUAAGCAGGCCGUCAAGAGCCGAGAGGAUGGAGACUCAGACGUGAGUCCUAUCGAAUGAAAUGAAUGGAAUGCAGGCUAGCUAGCUAGCAGCAGAACAGAUGGGUUGUAGAAGUGCAGUUGGUUGUCGACAGAAGACUUGUUACUGGAAGCAACGAUCAGUACAUUAGUUUUGUGUU